UCGCUCUCUCUCCGUCCCGCGCUUUUUGUUGCGCAAUUUAUCUCGUCUACCGCUACUCGAAAGGCGUGUAGUGCUUGCUGUGAGCGCUUGUCGACGACUAAAAGCCCAAAAUGCCAACUCUUACGAUCAACACGAAUGUACCCGCAUGCAAGAUUCCCAACGACUUCCUCAAGACGACAGCCAACGUUGUGGCGGACUCCUUGGGAAAACCUCUCUCGUAUGUUGUCGUCCACAUAAGUCCUGAUCAGAUGCUGUCGUUUGGAGGCACCGAUGAGCCUUGUGCCAUUGCAAACCUGUACAGCAUUGGCUGCCUCUCUCCGAAGGAGAACAAGAAGCAUUCAGCUGUCCUGUUUGAGCACAUUGAAAAGACAUUGGGCAUCAAAGGCAACAGGAUGUACAUCAACUACUUCGACAUGCCAGCGACCAAUGUCGGCUACAGCGGCAAAACUUUUGCUGGGUGAUGAGACAAGAUCCUGCUUGCGGCAGCAGGAAGAGAUGUCUACGCAUUUGGAGUUCAAUAAACAUUCACUUUCGGUUAUA